AUGAAAAACUCACUGGUGAAAGCAAUUAAAGAGUUACUACUCGCCUCAUUCUACUCAAUUACCUAUAUACGUAAUGUUUUUGAUGACGAUGUGUUUACUGACUAUCAAUUCGAAUCUGAUAAACCCUUAACUUUGAAAAAAAUUAUAAGAGGUAAGAGUUUAAGAUCAGACCACUUCAUCAGGGUGAUAGAAGAAGGAGUCUUCAGUUCCAUUGACAACAAUCUGAUCAGUGGACUUCAAAUAGGAUUUUCUUUGGAAGACUCCCCAAUCCUUCAGGAGGUAUAUUUAUUCGAGUUCGAUUAUAAACAAGGAUAUAUCAGUAUUCAAAGCGUUGACACUCUGAUGAAUGUAACCAAGAAUGAUAUGCAUAAACUUAUUCGGAAAUUGAUAAUCAUCACACAAACAUUCAAUCCACUCCUUUUGCAAACAUCUAUCUCCAUCAAAUUGUUAUUCAAAGAAAACUAUCCUAGUGGAUUUCAACCAAAAUUGUUUGAAGAUGCCUCUAAUGAAUUCAAUGAAAUUUUAUUUGAUGGUGUAGAUGAUUUCCAAUAUUUGGGAAACGUUGCAUUUGAAGAGGAUAUGGUUGGUGUAAGAGCAAUUUCCAAUGUGGGAAAAGUUGUACACGAAAGGUCUAUUAAAAUCAAUCCCUUCAGUUUGUUAACAAACCACGAGGAAGAUUACUUGGGGUUCUUUGAUGAGAUCUGUUUCCCUCCAGACAUGCAAUCGGAUAUAAAUAGAAUUAAAAAUGACAUUAAGCGAUAUUCCUCAGAUAAUUUCAUCCCUGAAUCAAUUGAUCCCGAAAACGAAGAGAUUAUUGGCUGUGAAUGUGGAUUAACACACCAAUCGUUAGAUGGGGAUGUAUUUAAAUGUCAAGAAUGUGGUAAUUUGAUCCAUAUGUUUUGUUAUGCAAUGUCAAGAGGUAAUUUUAUUCCCAUCCCUUGUAUAACGUGCAGACAUCAACUUAUGGAACUCGAAGAUUUAUUGAAAUUGAGAGGCUUAUACAAGAUCUUGUUUACAAAAGGGGUAUCAUUGAAUUCUGUUGUUGAUCUCAACGAUGAAGCUACAGUAUCAAUAAUUAAUUUCUUGUUCAAGACUAAUAAUUUUCUGACAACUUCAGAAUUCACCUUAGAAGAUGGCGGUUGGGUCAGCUCCCUAACUCCACCAUCUGACAAGUUUAUCGACAACAAAGGUGUGAAACUACACGAAGGUGAAUUGUGUAAUUUUAUAUUUGCUCCCACCGGUAGCAAAUAUUUUGACAUCAAUUUUACUCCUGUGACGGAAUUUCUUAAUUCCGAGGACCAAUUUACUAUAGAUAAGUUCCACCAACUCAUCGAUAUAGCACAUAAUUCUUCGGGAAUUACAUCCCAAGAGUCCUAUUUAGUUUCGAAAUCUCUUGGAACACAAGUUGAUUCAUCGUUAUAA